AUGGCGAUCCCUCUGCGAAUCCAGCUCCUCUUCCUGCUUGUAAUCCUCCUACUCAUUUCACUGUUCAUCUCCGCCGCAACCGCCGUAGACGGCGGCUCCACCGCUCCAUCAAUUUCUCCUACUUCCACCCCCUUCCAGGCCAUAACUCACACAUAUCCACCAGCUCUCUUCGCCACCAUCCUAUCCACACUCGGCUACCAGGAACUCUCCACCGCCGCCGUAACCGCCAACCUCUCCGCCACCACUCCACUCACCAUAUUCGCCGCCUCCGACGCGUCUCUCCUCACCUGCGCCUCCUGCUCCGUCCCCGUCCUCCUCCAGGAGCUCUCCAUCCCCGGACUUUACCCCUUCCACUUCCUCCAAACCCUAACGUUUGGUACCAAAAUCGAAACCCUAGCCCCCAACCGCUGCCUCACCCUCACCGGCGACGGCAAGAAUAAUAGCAAGCUUUUCGUCAACGGCGUCCAGAUCACGAGCCCUGACAUCUUCAGCAACGGCCUCGUCGUUAUCCACGGCCUCCAAGGCUACGUCUCGCAUCUCUCUCCGCUCUCAUGCAACGUCGAGCGGAUGACGUCACUGUCGUUUCCUUCGCCGUCUCUCUCCUCCGCCACGACGGCGCCUCAGUCGCUGUUCGUCAUGCGCCUGAUGCUGAAGGAUGCAAUUGUCCGGCUCCGCGCCACAGGUUACACCGUCGUCUCGCUCGCGCUCCGCGUGAAGUACGCCGAUCUAUCGGAACUGAAAUCGAUGACGAUCUUCGCGCUCGACGAUGUCUCGAUCUUCUCCGGCAACGGAAAUGCCUACCUCUCGAAUUUCAGGUACCACGUCGUGCCGAACAAGCGGCUGACGGCGGCGGAGCUCGUCAGCUUGCAGCUGGCGACGCCGUUGCCUACCAUGGACGCCGGAAACAGCCUGGUGGUGACCACCGCAGGCGGCGGAGGACUUCUGUCGCCGAUGAAGAUCAACUACGUGAAGAUUACAACCAUCGAUCUGCUGCACAACAGCAGGAUUGCCAUCCAUGGAGUGUCGUCGCCGUUUCCCCAUAUGAACCAGCAUCAGCCGUUCGAUCUGGAGAGCAGUUCUGCUGAGAUCCGACGGCCCAUGUGCGAUCACUUUGAUUGGAACAGUGGGACCUGUGUGGCUGAGGCACGGGUGCCACCUGGCGUUCUGUCGACCGUCGAUUUUGAAGAUCAUCAUGGACUGAAGUUCUGA